CAAAGCUGAUAAAACCUCAGAUGUCUUCUCCACAUUGUAAAAAUACGUUUUUUAUAAAUAUUAGAAGGAUUCAGUAGAACAGUUGUUGUUAGCACGUGUUUGAUACCGGGCUGAGAUUUUCAUAGAUCGAAAUAUUUCUGUCGACGGAAUUUAUAGGCAAAAUCCGCCAACUGUAUUAUGAAUGGAGUCAAAUAAAAAUCUAUUUAUAGAACUUCUAUGGAAUAUACCGCAUUUUCGUAGUAUAACGUGAACGAAAGUGAGUGUCCAAGGUUUCAUUUUUUUCCUUUGUAUUUAUUGUUGUAGAACCUAUCGAACUAUGAAGUGAGUAUGUGUGGCAGAAAAAUGGAAGUAACAAUGACUUUUUAAUGUUCCACAAGUUGAAAUUCGUUGAUUGUGUGUUUUUACGUCGGAGGUCAGGAUCGGAGGCCCGUAUCAGUCCCGCAUUGGAGAAAUGUGUCUACAUCCGCACCGUCCAUUCAAACAAAUUGAACGCCUUAUCUGUUGCAUGUAAAUUGUAAACAGCGAAACAGUCGUGUCGAAACUUUGAACGAGGCGAACACGUACAACAUGGACUGUGUUCCGCACGUUAGCAUAACCGUUGAUGGGGAUGAAAUCGAACAGGGGGCCGGGGAGAUUCUGCAAGUUUUGAGGCCGCAGUGGAAAAAAUGUGAUAUUAAAUUUAAGUUGUUGACAGACGGUCUGACCAACAAAUUGGUGGGAUGUAAACUGAAGGACGCAUCAGAUGAAGACACAGUUCUAAUAAGGGUUUACGGCAAUAAAACAGAUCUUUUGAUAGACAGAAAGGCUGAAAGUCGGAACAUAAUUUUACUUAACAAAGUUGGUCUGGCCCCGGAACUCUACGCAACGUUCGAUAAUGGGUUAGCUUACAAAUUCAUUCCCGGCAGCACGUUAAAACCACACACGGUAACAGAUCCAGUAAUCUACAGAUUAGUGGCAAAACGCAUGGCCAAUUUACAUAGAGUACAAAUUCCUGAAGAGACAAUAAAUCGACCCAGUUUGUGGACCAAGACUCAAUCGUUCCUGGAUCUGGUUCCAGAAAUAUUUUCAGAUGCAAAUAAACACAAAAAAUUUGAAGAAACAAUCAUGUCCAAAAAAAGAAUCUCAGAGGAAGUACAGUAUUUGAAAGAGGUUUUGGGAAAACUCCAAAGUCCAGUAGUUUUUGCUCACAACGAUUUGCUUCUAGGAAAUGUAAUUUAUACAGAGGAGAAAGGCACUGUCAAUUUUAUAGAUUUUGAAUAUGCUGCACCAAAUUAUCAAGCUUUUGAUAUUGCCAAUCACUUUGCUGAGUUCGCAGGAGUUGAUGAGGUCGAUUACUCAAAAUACCCGAAUAAAGAACUACAGUAUGAUUGGCUAACAACCUACCUCAAAGAAUACAAUAAUCGAGUACCUUCAAUUUCAGAGGUCGAUAGACUUUAUGUGCAAGUGAACCAAUUUGCACUCAUGGCCCACGUUUUUUGGGGCAUCUGGUCGUUGUUGCAGGCCGAACAUUCUGAUAUCGAUUUUGAUUUCAUGGAUUACGGUGCGUUGAGGUUCAACGAAUAUUUGAAGAGGAAGGAAGAAUUUUUAGCUCUAAAUCUUCCCAAUGAUAUAGAUUGAAAUGUUGUGCAUUUUGUUAAACAGUGUAAAAUCUUAUGAUGUUACUAAGAAAAAAUGUUUUAUAGUAUGAUGAAUAUUACAAUAAAAACUUAAUAUUUA